CACCUCGGUACAAAACACUAACCGAGAAUCCUGCCCUCCUCAUGCAACUUCCUUCAAAUCUCUCAGUUUCCCAGAACACAAAAGAAUCCUUCUUGUAUAAAUCAGACUUUCUCGAAACAAGCCAACAUUCAGAAUUCAAAUCCACUCCCAUUAAAGACCACUCGACCACAAACCCUCUCAAAGUUCAAAAAGAUCAAAACUUUCUCUGUUACUAUACCAAAGCGUGGCUGGUUUCAAGAGACACAUGUCACCAAACCAAUCCUCGUACAACUCUGUUUCCCAGCACCAGCAUGCUAUGCAGUGAAUGACCUCAUUGCAAAAGCACCGACAACAAAGAUAACAUUAAGACAACUACCAUCUUUAGUAAUGUUGACAAAGAAAUGCAGUGCCCAACAAUUCAAAGCCUUUGUCGACAGAUGGGUCUCUCUGCUUUGCCAAAGCCACAGUUAACCAACAUGAAGUCUUUGUCAACUGGCAGAGUUUUAAAGCCUUCUUCUUUACAGUUGUGUGUGCAAAUGAAUGAGCCUGAAAAGGUUUUCAAGUCUAGAGUUUGGAACUCUGUUCAGUCUGAGAAUUCAAGUUCUGUUAAUAUCUGGGACUAUUCAGAUGCUGAGGAUACUCAUACAUCUUCUUGGUCUGCAAUGCCCAAUAGGCCAUUGCCACUGGACAUAGGGAGAUUUACCUCUGUUAUAUUGAAGGAAAUACUGCCAGGAGGGUUAAGGUGGGGGUGGGGUGGGUCCAUUGUACUCACUUUAUAUCAAUCUCAUUUUAUCGGAGUAGUGGUCAAGAAAAUUGGUGGAUGGACAUGAAAGAGUGGAGCAUCUAUAUGAUAGUCAACACUUGGUGAGCGAGGAGAAACAAUUCAAGCAACUUGGUGGCGACUGUAUUAUUUCUUAUUCUCAAUAUAGAAUAUUUUUCCCUAACUAGAAUACUUCUUCAGUGUCUUCAAGAACACUAUGAAGGCAUUGGAAAUUCUUUCUCAAUACCUCAAAGGUUUUCAAUGCCUUCUCAAACAUCUCGUUUGCCGUUAACCAGAUAAAUCCAGUGACGUUUUAGUCUAGAAUUGCCUCGCUAUAGUUGCAUCUCAAAAGGUUGUCCACAAGAAAUAAAAUUAAAAGAGCUACUCAAGAACAUAUUAUGCAGUAUUCAACAAUUCUAAUACUUGUGAAGGAUGUCAUAGCUGUAUGUAAAUUGAGCUCAAACAUAAAUCUAGUGAUUUCAAUCAUUCACAACAACACUCUUGAGGAG